GCGCGAUAUCAAAGAUGGCCGCUCGAAACGUGGUCGCGAAGGGAAAAAACGUCUCAAAAUGGGCAUUAGAUUUAACUUCCAGACCAAAAUACAUGCCUAUUGACAAAUACACUCAUCAAACUAUUGAACUUGCUAACCCGGCUGGAUACACAGACAAACAACUUACAGACACGGAUUCUCAUGAAAUUGAUCACAAUCUAGUCACAAAGAAAUCCUGGGAUAUUGCAAUUGGUCCACUAAAACAGAUUCCCAUGACGUUAUUUAUAAUGUACAUGGCUGGUAACACAAUCUCCCUUUUCCCAAUCAUGAUGGUUGGUAUGAUGUUUCUGAAGCCAGUGAAAGCCUUGUUUUCAAUAUCAUCAGCGUUUGCAACUCUUGAAGGUGACCAAUCGUUUCUUAUGAAGAUCAUUUACCUGCUUGGGAAUAUUGCAUUGUUAUUCAUGGCUUUAUAUAAAUGUCAAUCCAUGGGUUUAUUACCCACUUCACCCUCAGAUUGGAUUGAAUUUGUUGAACAUAAAGAGAGACUGGAAUUUUCUGGUGGAGGAAUGGCACUGAGUUGACCACCUUGAACACCAUCAGAAAGCUCAUUGCCUUCGCUUGAAUGAACCUUGCAGAAAGAGAAAGCAAAUAUGAACUGCUACAUAGCAAACUGUUGAAAGAAAUUGAUUAUAGAUAUAAAGGUGGUUUGGUUGAGUGAAGGAUGGAACCUAAAAAGAUUUAAGAAUAAAUAUUCACU